ACAUACAUAUAAAUACUCGUGGAAAUAUGAAAUUGACAUCAAACUGUGUGAUUGAAUUUGUUCGUUGGUGUCGUUAAAUGUGAAUCAUUUAGAGAUCGAAAGAUAUUGCUGAUUAAUCAUGAAAAAUUACGUUAAAGGAUGGUGCUUCACUUCUAUCACUCCAAAACUUCUUCUUAUCGUAAUAUUAUUCAAGACCAUAAUAGCACACGCCUCAAUCCAAAUCCCAAACAAUACUGAUGAUUUCGAAACCAUAAUAUUGAACAACUACCUUUACGUUGAUAAGACGAUGCUUAUCGAAGAGUACAUCAAAUUAUUCACCAAAUAUACCUCAAUAACGCUAACAAUACACAGACCCGAAGGCUGGGGUAAAAGCACGAACAUUAAAAUGCUGGAGAAAUUCUUACAAAUAGAAGUCAACGAAAGAGGGGAACCUAAAUCUGCAAAAGCGACCAUAAAUCCCAAACUAUUCCUAGGAGGUUCGAUCGGAAAUAAUGGCAGAGUCCUGAACCCACUCAAGAUAGCAAAUUCGAAAAACGUCUCACAGCAUUUGGGAAAACACCCGGUUAUACUUCUGGAUCUGAAAAAUGCAACGGGAAACGCUUACGAAGAUAUCGAGCAAAGAAUUAAAUCAAGCGUGAUGGAUGCUUAUCGAGUUCACCGGUAUUUAAUACAUUCGCCCAGAGUCACUGGUAAAGAUAAAUUGCACAAUUACUUAUCGGGAGAGUUCGACGUAGAUGAUCUGAUAACGAGCAUUAACUUUCUGAGUAACAAACUUUACGAGCAUUUCGAGCAAAAGGUACACAUAUUAAUCGAUGAUUACGAUAUUCCUCUAAUGAACGCGAUAAUAUAUAAUCACACGGUUGAUUACCAAGAGGUCAAGAGCUUGCUGAAGAAUUUUUAUGAAAGCACAUUAACAGAGAAUCCAUAUCGUUGUGUUGCCUUGUUAGUUGGAGUACAUCCUGCUCACUUAUCGGUGAAUGUGACAGUUAACUUUAUGUCGAUAUUGUCGAUUAAUCCGAUUAUCGAAUUUUUCGGAUUCACAACGAAUGAAGUCAACGCCCUCAUUGAAGAAUUGCAAAUCGAAACAGAUCUCGACGAAUUAGAGAAUUGGUACGGUGGUUAUUAUUUCGACGGAGAAACUAACUAUUACAAUUGUAGAUCUGUAUUACGAUUCCUGGCUCAUAACGGUACCUUUGCUUAUUACGGGCCUUCCAUUACGACAAAUGUAUGCGAAAUUGAAAGCUGUGACUUGGAAUGCGAUUACACCUACGACAAUGAAGAGACCGACUGCUGCAACAACUUUGACGAUAUUUUUGUGUUACUAGCUGAGCAAACAUUGUUCAGAAGGGUCGACGGCAUAUGCCAUCUGAUAACAUCGAGUUUAAUAAGCGGUAAUCAAACAUACUCAGACGAGUCAUUGCCAUAUGAAUUCUCAAGGCUAAAAUUAUCCUACUUCGGAUACUUGUCUGCGCAUCAUUUGAGCUUAAUUUCGGACGAGCAAGAAGACGCAUCAUCAGACUCAUACUACGAAUACUCGGAAUCAUCGCAAGUAGACGAAGAUGAAUUUCUGGCCUUGAAAAUAAUGCAAUUUCAAUUCUCCGAAUUCUCCAUUCCGAAUAAAGAAGCGAGACACUUUUACGAAUUGAAAGCGUUUCAAUGGAUAUGCUACAUGUUUGAAAUAGACAACGACGAAUUCGCUUCAUUGGUACAAUUUUUAAUGCAAGAUCAAAUAAAAGAGUUUUUAACAAGAACGUCUCAUUAUCUGGCCAAGUUCAAAGUUGAUAAUUAUCUUCAAUCGGCUGAUCAGACAAAUAUCGAAUUAUACCACGCUUUUAUGGCAUCGAUAAAGCACGUAUUAUCAUCAACUCAUACGAUGCGUACAAAUGAAGACGCGAGAGAUGAAAAACAACUCAAUCGUGGGACAUCUCUUUACCAACAAAAUAUGAUUUUCGUUCCAAAAUUUAACCAAAGCGAUACGGUAAUCAUCAUCAAGUACGAAGUGCCGGAAAAAUUCGAAAAACGAGCAGACUUUAACGCAUCAGGUGAAAUUCAGACAUCUAUGGCUGAACCUAACAAGGAAAAAAUGAGAUCUUUUUGCAACAAUGUCACUAUUCCGCAACAAAGUCCUGAAGCUAAAAAAUUAAUUGAAGUGAGUUUAUUUUUUUAUGGCGAUGAAGUGGAAAGUGAAUAUGUGAUAAAAUCGCCUAAACAAUGCAAAGUUGGCGAAUUAUUUGUUUCGAAUACACAACAAAUAAGCGGACAGGAAGAAGAAUUAGGAUUCUAUUGAAAUUUUGGAAUUUUCGUUAUAAACAGUAUUUUUAAUUUGAUACAAUUUUCAAAAUUCAGGACUCUCUGGCAACGACUCUACCAGUGCCAAUUGAUAUUCAGUACAUCAUUUUUUCCCAUAAUUUUGACCCCAUACCUAAUAUAUGUAAAUGUAUUAAUAUUAAUAACUAAGGAAUAAAAUCUCAGGACAAGA